CUGGGAAGCAAACGUAGCCCGCUUGAAGUCUGGGCCAGAACGCAAAUGAGGUAUCAGAGAGGACUCGAGUAUCGGGCCACUAGUAAAACAUUCGACUGAGAUUUGCGACCGCCGUUAGCUCUGCUAAGUGGCUGGGUCCUUCGCCAUCAUAUUCCCACGGCCAUCGCGCUCGGGGAAACCUCUUGGAAAGGCAAUCGCUUCUGGGUGCCCCCGAAGCCCGCUGGCCGCCAUUGCGUCCGUGACUCGUAAAAGACGAGCACGACGCCUUGCGGGCGCGCCUGGACGUCAUGCACCUGGAGCACUUGACCACCGCCGUCAGCACGCACGGCCCGCCUCGCUGCUCCAGACGACGCGAUGAAGGUCUCGACGCUUUCUACCGGCGUGGUAUUGCUGCCGCUCGUUCUUGCAGCACCCGCUACACAGCCGAUUAUCCUGAGGAAUCUGGCGGUGCCACGAUUCUUUGGUGCCGCGGCGAACACGUCGUGGUUGUAUCACGAUAAGAACUAUACAGAAGUUAUUUCGACACAGUUCUCCAUCUUCACUCCAGAGAACGAGAUGAAGUGGGAGAACAUCGAACCCGAGCCAGAUAGCUUCGAUUUUGGCCCUGCAGAUGAGAUCGUCCAGUUCGCGGAAAGCGUGGGUGCGAAGAUGCGCGGCCACAACUUCAUGUGGGGAAACCAGCUGCCGACAUGGGUGAACUCGUCUUUGACGGCAACGGAGCUGGACAAGGCUCUACAGAACCACAUUACGACCGUCAUGGACCACUACCGAGGCAAGAUAUAUGCCUGGGACGUUAUCAACGAGAUGAUCUCGGACAAUACGCCCAACGAGACAUUCAAGGACAACAUAUGGACCCAGAAGUUUGGCGAGGAGGCGAUGCCCAAGGCCCUGACAUAUGCCCGAGCGGUCGACCAGCAGCCGAAGCUCUACAUCAACGACUACGGCAUCGAGGAGCUCGGCUCCAAGUCGGACACGCUCUACAGCGUCGUGCAGGGCUUCCUCCGCGACGGCGUGCCCGUCGACGCGAUCGGCUUCCAGUGCCACUUCACGCUCGGUCAGGUCCCGGGCACGCUCCAGCAGAACCUGCAGCGGUUCGCAGACCUCGGCCUCGACGUCGCGGUCACGGAGCUCGACAUCAACCUCGACGGACCGGGCAACGCGACCGCGUUCGCGCAGCAGGCGAAGGACUACUGGACCGUCGUCAACGCGUGCAUGCAGACGCAGCGCUGUGUCAGUGUCUCGGUCUGGGGCGUCUCGGACGAUCAUUCAUGGAUCCCCAAUGGCGAGCCCUUGCCAUGGGAUGCCGAAAAGCAGCCCAAACCAGCGUUUUAUGCCAUCGCGGAUGCUUUCGAGGGAAUGCCUGAGCGCUAAGCAAGUCAAAUAGAAAGCGUAACGGCCAACGGUGUCGUCACAGUCGUCAAAUACACACUUUGAAGGAG